UGAACAGAGGAUAUAAUAUGGUGUUUGCGUGUGUCUAGUGUUCUCAACAAGUUUUUGUUUCUUAGCUCGUUGAUAAUGAUGAUGUGAUCACAUUGUUGGUGCGACUUUGUCUUAUGAUUACUGGAAUUUGAAUAAGAAUGAAAAUCUCAAUACGAUUCGGUUCAAAAUGUCGUUUCGGGUCAUUAUCAUCAUCGACGUUAUCAUCGACUACAAAUGUGAUCGAUGAUGGUCGAGAACAAGUGAAAUCAUUCAAAGAGAUACCCGGUCCUAAAGCAUUGCCAUUAAUAGGUAAUCUAUGGCGAUAUCUACCGAUAAUUGGUCAAUAUAGUCUUGAACGUUUGUAUGAAAAUGGUCAUUAUAAUCUAACACAUUAUGGCACAAUUGUACGUGAAGAGAUCACUGCAAAGCAUAAGAUUGUACAUUUAUUUGAUCCAGAUCAUAUGGAAUCAAUGUUUCGACAACAACAAUAUCCAUAUCGUCGUAGUCAUCGAGCAUUGAUCAAAUAUCGCCAUGAACGAUCGGACAGAUAUCAAUCUGGUGGUAUAUUCCCCGAGAAUGGUGAUGAAUGGAAACGUUUACGUGAUCUGUUCAAACAUUAUUUUCUUCGUCCCAAUUGUAUUCAUGUUUAUGAUCGACAAUUGAAUGAAAUUGUUAGCGACUUAAUCCUCUCUAUACGAUAUGAACGAGAUGAAUCAACCGGCCAUUUGGACGAUGAUUUUCAACAAUUUCUUUAUCGUUGGUCAUUGGAAAGUAUUUGUUCGAUCAUGUUGGAUGCUCGCAUUGGAUGUUUAGAUCGGAACAAUCAAGAUGGCGCUAACAUGAUUGAAGGUGGUCAUAAAACACUGUAUGCUGUAAUGAGAACCGAAUUAUAUGAUGGUUGGCAAUCACGAGCUACAAAAGAUUAUCAAUGUUUAGUCGAAGGACAAGAUCUAAUGGCCAAAGUUGUGGAAAAAUAUCUCAACAAACGAAUCGAACAGAUAGAAUUGGACGGAAAUGGAGGCAAAACAACAACAACAACAAUUGUUGGCCAAUUGAUUCGUGAUCCAAAAAUCACACGAAAAGAUCUGUUUGGAAUCGUAAUGGAUUUUGUUUUCGCCGGUAUCGAUACAACAUCCAUUACAGCUGGUUUUACAUUGUAUUUUUUGGCUAAAAAUCCAAACCUUCAACAACGAUUAUUUCAAGAAGUUGAUCAAGUUUUAGGCAGUGAUGGCUUUUUUAAAGCCCAACAUUUCAACCAUACACCAUUGUUGAAAGCAUGCGUGAAAGAAACACUACGAUUGCGACCCAUAUCGAUUGGUGUUGGACGUUUAGCGACGAAUGAUAUGAUAAUUGGUGGUUAUCAUGUGCCAAAAGAUACGAUGAUUAUAACACAGAAUCAGGUUGCAUGCCGUCAAGCGGCAUAUUAUCCACGGCCGAAUGAUUAUGAUCCAGAUCGUUGGAUCGGAUCAACUCGUAGUCGUCACCAUCGUUAUCUAUACAUACCGUUUGGACAUGGUACACGAAUGUGUCUAGGUCGUCGUAUUGCCGAACUUGAGCUAUACAUUUUGUUGGCCAAUAUUGUUCACCAAUUUCGGCUGGAAUGUUGUCCACAUUAUGAUAUUGGACAACGAACACGACUCAUCAAUUUACCGGAUCGUCCGAUAAAAUUACGAUUCAUUGAUCGAUGAAUUUUACACUGAAUUUUUCGUUUAACUUUUUUUUUCUUUUAUUUCUUUCAUUGUACGACAUUACAACAAAGUGAUGAUGAUGAUGAUGAAAAUAGAAUAAAAUCUGAAAUUAUGGAAAACAUUUAACAAA